CUAGACUAGACACGGAGAAGGAUUCGUGUUUCUUUUCCUGAAAGGGAAGGAGUAGCUAAAGCUAAAAAAAAAUAGAAAUAAGGAAGGAGUAGCAUACUGUGGGCUCGUCAGUUCCAAGAAUUUAUUAUUUCCUUCAGCAUCGCCAUCUCAUUCGCUCGCUUCCGAUAUCUCGCUCGUAUUUAUAACUGUCCCCUCUUGCUCCAAUUACUUACCCUGACCCUGCCUUUCAGAGAUUUCUAGGGUUUCUUCGGCGAUCAAAUAUUUAGAGCCAGAUAGAGAGAGGAGGAGGGUUUCUUCGUCUAGAACUCUAGCUUUCCAGGGCUGGGUAGGAAUGGAAGGCCCGAGCAAUGGCGGACUGCUGUACCACGAGGUCCAGGAGUCGAAGCUCUGCGCCGUCCACUGCGUCAACACCGUCUUGCAGGGCCCCUUCUUCUCCGAGCUCGACCUCGCCGCCCUAGCCUCCGAUCUCGAUCAGCGUGAGCGCCAGGUGAUGCUCGAAGGCGGCGGCACCGGCGUCUUAGGGGACUUCUUGGCCGAGGAUUCCCAUAAUGUAUCCAUGGACGGAGAUUUCAGCAUCCAGGUUUUAGAGAAAGCUCUGGAGGUGUGGGAUCUACAAGUUAUCCCCCUUGACUCCCCAAUUGCAGAACCAUCAAAGUGUGACCCUGAGCUGGAGAAUGCCUUUAUAUGUCACUUGCAUGACCAUUGGUUCUGCAUUCGGAAGGUUAAUGGAGAGUGGUACAAUUUCAAUAGUCUUUACCCAGCUCCCGAGCAUCUCUCAAAGUUCUACCUCUCAGCUUACCUGGAUUCUCUCAAGGGCAGUGGCUGGAGCAUUUUUCUAGCUAGGGGCAAUUUCCCCAAAGAGUGCCCGAUACCAUCAUCUGAGGCAUCUAAUUCAUAUGGGCAAUGGCUAACUCCAGAAGAUGCUGAGAGGAUAACAAAAUCAUGCAAUCAAAUGCAGGUCCCUGCACAGGGAGCAGAUAAAUUACUGCCUUCUUAUUCUACAGAGUUUGCUGAUGAAGCGGAUAUGAUUGCAAAGCAGGAGGAGGAAGAUCUGAAUGCUGCAAUUGCUGCUAGCUUAAUGGAACCUUCUGCCUCUGGCACUGAAAAUGUUCAAACUAAGGGCAACUCAGUCGAUUCUGUGGCAGAGAGCCCCGAACAUGGUGCGGCCAACAAUAACAAUGUGAUGGAUCCUGAUACAGGUGCAUGCAACAGUGAUUUGCCAGAGUCUACCUCAGUUGUUACAGGAACUCACAUUUCCAAGGAUGGCAAGGCCGAGUGAGAUCAGGAGUAGCCAAAGAGGGUGUUCUCAUAUGGAUCUUUACUGCUCUUACUAUGGCCAUUUUGUUUUCGGCAUGCAGAGUUCUAAAAUAUUCAAGUUACUCACAUUCCGUCACAUAGAAAACCAUUACAUUUACAUGUUGCUGGAAUUUAAAGAGCUCAGCUUUGCUUUUGGACAUCUCUAUUUUAUGAAAUGUUGGAAUACAAAUUUUAAAUGGUUCUGAUGCUGGAGUUUUAGUUCUGGCUGGCUUGUCUACAAUUUAUGGCCUUGGCAUUUUUGUCUGAUGGAUUAUGCCAUGAAUAUGAAGAACCAGAAACAGAGAUAUGGUUAAGUAGCUAUCCAAACAAAGGCUUGUGGUGCUUGCGAGGUGAGGCUGCAGGAGCACGCAGCAACGUUCGCACCUGAGUUUUUGCAUGAUGGGGUUCCACGUCAUAUUAUUCUUUAAAGGAAAUAAUAAUCUCAACCACCAAAGUUCAAAUUGGUACUAUUUCUUAGUGCGUCUCAUGAUGCCCGGCUGUAAUUUGCUUGCUCAGUUCAUUGUGAAAAUGAUACAGUUGCAUGGGAACAUCAAAUAUCAAAAUUUAGUAACUCAUU